UCUCGAUCCUUGUGACAACUUGAAGAAACUGUUUUUUCAGAAAUGGCAAUGCGGAUACUCCUUCGACGGCAAUUUUUCGCCCGCUUUCCAGCCUCAUAUGACUUUUCGUACUCCUUCACUCAAUCUUUUAGUUCCGAUCAUCGGCGAAAGCUGUACCGUUCUCACCACCCAUCGGUGCUGCCAUCUUCUUUUGCCACCGAUAAGCAGUUUGUAGCGCCGUUCCGAUUUAAUUCCUUCACUCGUUCGUUCUCAACUCGCGAGCCCUCCUCAGUCGCAGACUGUCCGCUGAAAGAUGGAAUUUUUCCGGCUCCCCAACCCUUUAAGGGGUCUGAUAUGUUUAUUGGCGGCGGCGCACUUGAUACCAGUAGUUUUGAAGACACGUUUCUUCCAAUUGGUGGUUUAAUUUCGUUGCUGGACGGCUACCACAAUAUCACCGGGUUCCCAUGGUGGAUUAUUAUCGCUUCCGGGACAUUGACAAUGCGACUUACAAUAUUUCCAUUUAUAAUACUGCUAAUACACAAGAUACGAACAAUUGGAGAGAUAUUACCAAAACUGCCCCCUCCAAUUCCACCGAACAAGUUAAGGAGGAGUUUCAAAGACCAAUUAAAAUUCUUCAUGCGAGAGAAACGAACAGCUGGAUGCCCUUCAUUUGUAUGGUUCAUUGCAGCUAUUAUCCAGGUCCCCUAUUUUCUGCUAUGGCUCACAACUAUAAGAAGAAUGUCACUUGAUAGUCAUGAUGGCUUUGAUAGUGGGGGAACUCUAUGGUUUCAGAAUUUGACAGAACUUCCAAAUGGUACUUUAGGCCUCAUAUUCCCUUUGCUGGUUGCUGUCUUGUAUUAUACUAACAUUAAGGUUUCUUUUCAGAAUGUGUCCAGCGGGACCAUGAGUGAAUUUGCCAAGUUCUACAAGUUUUAUCUGGAAAUUAUGACACUACCAACAAUGUUCAUUGCAUUCUAUAUUCCCCAGUCUUGCAGAAGAUGUCUACUGUCUUUGCUAAGGAGCAUGUUACUAAAGGUGAAAUUACUAGGUUUAAACGGUAUUUGGCCAAGAAACACCGCAACACAAAAGAGUGUGAACUGCUGAUAAGAAGGCUGAACCGCAAGCUUUGGUGUUGAAAGAAUCUGUCGCAAGUCAGACAAAAAUGUGACUGAACGCACAUUUCAGAGUACAUAUACAGCAGGGCAGCCCGGUGGAUCAAGUGCAAAUCAGGUGAAAGAAUAUGAUGACGUUGAAACAAUCGGUUCUCAAGCAGAUGCUGACCAAGCUGGUAGCUGGUGUGACGGGACCAAUGGAUAAAUUCGUUUAUCCAACAAAAAAAUGGAAGGAGGCACUGGCACAAACAACAAUCCCAUCACACAUGAACAAAAAGGAGAGGGAUGAACAUGCUGAAAGCCUCUUUGGAUGUACAGGAACUGCAUCCCUUUAAUGUGGUUCAUGACCCUUUGAUGAAACAAACCCUUGAAAAGGUUGGCAAAUAAGCAAGGUUUAAAGCUUCAACGUAUCAUAAAAGUCAGAGAAACAUUCAUGCGAAAAGAGGUAGAAAAAACAGAUCUUGUGGUCUGUGAGCAUAAGAAAUUCUGGGAAUUAGAUGGCUUCACCAUAAUGUCAGACGAAUGACAAGAUAAAAGGCAUAGAACUCUAGUGAACUUGUGCGUGAAUUCUAGCAAGGGGACAAUGUUUAUGAAAGCCGUAGCUGCUUCAUCUUACAAGAAGACCGGGGAAGCACUUUUCAAGUUUUUUGAUGAGUGGAUUAAAGAAAUUGGUCCUCAAAGUGUCAUACAAGUUGUGAUUGACAACGCUAAAAAUUAUGGAUUAGCGAAGAGGAAAUUUGAACAAAGAUAUCCACAUAUCAUCACAACGGGAUGUGCAACUCACUAUUUUGACCUUGUUCUAGAAGACUUUUCAAAGAAGAUGCCAAUAGUUAGAAGUACUGUGAAGACAACGCAGGGGAUUACUAUCUACAUCUACCGUCAUACCCUUGUUCACGACUUGAUGACAGAAUUUACCAAGGGGAAAGAGCUAAUUACACCAGCUGCCACCCGAUUUGCCACUAACUUUUUAACUAUUCAAAGUCUUCACAUGCAGAAACAAGCAUUAAGACAAAUGUUUGCUUCACUAAAAUGGUUUGAAAGCGAGUUUGCAAAAACCACGGAAGCAUAACUAGUUUCCGUGCUACAUUGGUAUGACACAAGUCGGGUAUGGCUGUGAACAAACCAUUUUAAUCAAACCAAGAAAGUGCUUUCAUCAGGUCGUGAACAAGGGUAUGGCUGUAGAUGUAGGUAUUAAUCCCUUGUGCGGUCUUCACAUCCCUUCUAACUAUCGACAUCUUCUUUAAAAAGUCUUCUAGAACAAGGUCAAGACAGUGCGUUACACAUCCCAUUGUGAAGAUAUGUGGAUAAACCGGAUAUCUUUGUUCAAUUUUCGUCUUCGCCAAUCCAUAAUUUUUAGCGUUGUCAGUCACAACUUGUUUGACACUUUGAGGACCAAUUUCUUUAAUCCACUCAUCAAAAAGCUUGAAAGGUGUUUCCUCGGUCUUCUUGUAAGAUGAAACAUCUACGGCUUUCAUAAACACUGUCCCCUUGCUAGAAUUCACGCACAAGUUCACUAGAGUUCUAUGUCUUUUAUCUUUCCAACCUUGUGACAUUACGGCUUUCAUAAGAACUUCUCGCUGACCACAAGAUCUGUUUUUUCUACCCCUUUUCGCAGGAUUGUUUCUCUGAUUUCAUGAUACGUUGGUGCUUUAAACCCGGCUCCAAAUCUGCCAAUCUUUUCAAACGCUUGUUUCUGCAAAGGAUCAUGAACCACAUUAAAGGGGAUGCAGUUCCUGUACAUCCACAGACAGAGACUUUGAGCAUGUUCAUCCCUCUCUUUUUUCUUCAUGUGUGAUGGGAUUGUUGUUUGUGUCAAUGCCUCCUUCCGUUUUUUUGUUGGAUAAACGAACUUAUCCAUCGGUCCAGUCAAACCAGCUUGUUCUGCAUUUGACUAAGAACCGAUUAUUUCAACAAUUCAGCGUCAUCAUCUUCAUUCACCCGAUUUGCACUUGAUCCAUCGGGCUGCUCUGUUGUGUUGUAUAUGUACUCUGAAAUGUGCGUUCAAUCACAUUUUUGUCUGACUUGGAAGCAGCAGAUUCUUUCAACACCAACGCUUGCAGUUCAGCCUUCUUAUCAACAGAAAAGAGUUCACAAUCUUUUGUGUUGCGGUGUUUCCUGGUCAAAUGCUGUUUAAACCUAGUAAUCCCACCUUUAGUAACAUGCCCGCAGUGAUUGCAUCGCAGGUCGUUGUUGUUUUUUCCAUUCAGUUUCUCACAAUGCUCCUUAGCAAAGGCAGUAGACAUCUUCUGCAAGUUAAAAAGUAAAAACUUCAUCAGCCUUUAAAUUUCUGAUGCUUUGAGACCGAGUGUUUAAAAUGUCAUUUUAAAGUUUAAACCGAACAUCAGAAGGCUUUAAAUUUGAGAAGGCUAAAUGCAGGUGUGCUAAAUGCAGGCUAAACUGAAGCAGGGGAGCUUAAUAUGUUGGGUUACAAAUAGCUCAUUGAGUCUUCUUCAGCAAAUAGCUUUAAGCCAUCCAGAUGUUUGCAAGAAAUUGGGGCUACCUGGUCAGGAUGCUUCUGCAUUAGCCACACAACAGAAAGGUAAAUCUGAGAUAAUGGAAAUAUAUGUGCCGAGCGAUUUGCGUGAGAUACUUUCUGAGAACCCAUCUCCUUCAGAAAUGGUUCGACUUUCUAGCAAAUUCUUAGCAAAGGAUCAGAAAGAUGUGGCUCUCCCACUUCUGCGACUUGCUCUUAACAAGGAUCCCGAGCACAUUAGAGCUAUGGCUGUUCUGGGGCAGGCACUAUUGCAUUAUGGCUACUUUACAGAAGCUACUGAAUACUUAGAGCGUGCUAUAUCUAAGCUGCUCCAUAAUGGGCCUCCAACAGGAGUUGAGGAUGUUAAUCUUUUGAUCCUAUCAUCUGAAUGGGCAGGUGUAGCUUAUGCACGGCAGGGGAAAUUCGAUGAGAGUAUCGUACAUCUGCACAGGAUAACAAAGAUGAAGGAGCCAGAAGAUUCAAACACAAAAGCUAAUUACUAUGAAGCUUUGGUGGUAUUCUCAAGUGUUUUGUACAAUGAGGGAUGCAAACUUGAAGCCAUCAAUUGUUUGCGCAAAGCAGUUGCCUAUGAUGAGUCUUACAGACAUUUCCUGGAACUAUGGGAAAAAGAUGUGUGUGAGGAAGAUGAAUUUGUUAGGCACCUUGUCAACAGUCGGAGAGCAGAUUAUUGAGUUCCGAUUUGGAAACAAUGUAUAGUAUAUUUAAUAGGAUUUCUUUUACCAUUUCAGUGUAUAUAAUAUGAACAUUUUGUUUGUUAUAAACUGGCCUCUUCAGUUCUUCAGUUUAUACAGGGAAUCUUUUCACCAGACAUUGCAUUACGAACUGUGAGGAAGUUACUUGUCAAGCCAUUUGGUUUCUCUUCCUCUAAGUUUACUGCCCGAGUAAACAAGCUAGUGGAUGUUCUAUAGGAACUAGGAACUGGGUGUUUUUUAUGAGGGAAAAAUAAUAUUGCUCUCCAAAUUCUAAAGGAGUUAGAAAGAGUGCGAGU